AUGUCGAUCACAACAUACUUCUCACCUGAUACCAGUAUCCAAACGGAGACUGACCUUGUCAUUAAUGCUAAAUCAACGAUUGAUAUUGCUAUUCCAGGCUUCAGCUCAUGGGCAUAUUGCUCCUCCACUUACAAUGGAGUCUAUGGAUGCACUGUUGCCAAACAAAGAAGUACCGAGACCUUCCCUAUUUGGGGUGCUUUGCUCAAUGCCAUCAACCGUGGUGUUACCGUGAGGAUCUUGACCAACAACUAUUACGGACCAUCACAAUCGUUGACCGAGGGCUACAUCGACCCAAUCAGUUUCCUAGCACUUGCCGGUGCCCAAGUCAAGUACUUCGCAACUCUGUCAUUCCUCCACUCCAAGUAUAUGAACAUCGAUGGAAAGACCACCUCCAUCUCAUCCAUCAACUACAGUUAUACUUCAUUCAUGAAGAACCGUGAGGCUGGUGUCAUUAUUCAAGGAUCAUCAUCAAUCUCUUCAUUCACAACCCAGGUGUUUGAAUAUGAUUGGAACAUUGGCAUUGAAUGGCCAACUCAAACUUACUCAAAGAGCAACAUGGCAAUCAUCACGGACAAGACACUCAUCGAUGUGGUCAUCCCAUCGCCACUCAGUUACCCUGGCAGCUAUGUGACCAAAGCCGCCACUACCUCUGAAAACUCUGAUGCCGAGGUGUUCACCUCACCCGACAAUGCAUGGGACAUUGUCACCGCCGACAUUGCCAACUCCAAGUCUCUAAAGGUGUACAUCUACCAAAUCACCGGCUCGGACUGGUGCGAUAUCGUCGGAAACUACACUGGACAGGUCACACUGCUCGUGUCAAACAAGAUCUACUCGACCACCGACUCCAAGAAUGCCGAGAUAUGCUACACUCGCCUGUCCAAGCAGGGCAUCACCAUCCGCAAGACCAACGCCGACAUGUACACGUACUCCCACCAGAAGCUCUGGAUCCUGGAUGACGACCGCGUCUACGUGUCCACUGGCAACUGGGGCAACACCGACUAUCCAAGUGGCUCACAAGUGUUCCCGCCCUCCACCGAUACAUCUGAAUGGAGAAAGACCAACCGUGACUUCACCAUCAAGUUGGCCAACACUGCCGUCACCGCCAUCUACAACACCGUCUUUGAAGAGGACUACAACCGUGGAUAUGACUGGACACCAUAG